AUGGAUGGAGUUUUCAAAGGAUUUUAUAAAUGGUUAAAACAUUGUAAACGAACACCAAUCAUUCCGCCAUGGGCAAAAUUGCUUGUGUUUUAUUUGGAAAAUAAAACUGGGAAAGACACAGAUGUCCUGGCCAAUGAAACUGGUAAAACACUCUCCCAGUCUUUUAAGUGGAAGGAAACUGGUUUGAGUUAUAAAUCAAUCGGUCCGGAUAUUUUCAAAGAAUUAAGUUCAUCCAUUCCAAUUCAUGUUCACCUUUACUCGGAAACAGAGGACUACCAAAAGAUUAAAUUAGCUGUUAAUAAUUUAAAAGAGUACCUUGCAAAUCGUACAGCACUACUAAUAACUUUGAGUGACGGCACAAACAUUAAAGUGAACAAUGUUGUGAGUUGCAGUGACCCUCAAUGUCUGAUAUACGAUUUAUUCCCCUUCCAAACCGACGACCCAUCCUGCAAUGCCUAUGAUGGGAAAUGUCAGAGUGACACAACACAGUGCAAAGGGGGUUCUUAUAUCCCUGCUCAUUGCUACGAGAAUUCAACACACAAAUGUUGUUUGCCAACUCCACGAGAUCAAGACACGGGUGAUUGUAAAGAUCUAGACCUACCAAUCCUGUCACGUGACACAUGGGGAGCUGCCCGUCCGGACUUAAUUUCAAACAUGUCUUUACCCGUAACCAAGUUCUUUUUGCACCACACAGAAACGGGGAAUUGUCAAGACACAAAAUCAUGUUCAAAAUUGCUUCAAAGUAUACAGCGCUAUCACAUUGGAAAAGGGUGGCAUGAUAUUGCCUACAAUUUUCUAAUCGCUGGCAGUGGUCAGACCUUUGAAGGACGAGGCUGGAAUCGCAUUGGAACACAUACAAAAAAUUAUAAUGAUAUUGCAUUGGCCGCAUCUUUCAUUGGAAACUUCAAUAACACAAUGCCUUCUAAGCCGGCACUGAUGUCAGCUCGUAAGCUUUUGGAAUGCGCUGUGUACAGAAAAGUUAUCAUUCCAUCGUACAAACUUUACGGACACUAUGACGUAACAACAAAAGAUUCUGAGUGUCCCGGCUACACGUUGUACAAUGCCAUAAGGAAAUGGUCACACUACCAAAUUAACGCAGAUAAAGAUAAGCCUUGUUUGCGAAAAGGUGGUCGCUGUUGGCCUAAUUAUAUCCCCUGCAACGGCACGUAUUACGAGAGUCUGUGUGAAGGAAACUCUCAGAGGCAGUGUUGCAUUCCUCCCUUUACUUAA